CACCAACCGGCCUUGGCGACUCCCACACACUUGCCCAACCAACCACACACUUGUCCCACGCCUCCCCUCUCCCCUUGUAGGAGUACCACCCUGCCGCAUCCAACCACCGACCAUCCACCAUACCACUUCCCCCAAAGUCUCCUCCUUUCUCCCUUCCCAACCCAACGCCCACCCAAAUCCAUCGCCGAUGAAGAGGGAGGGCUUCCAGCACGGCGCCGUCCGGGUCAACCGCAACAAGCUGCUGCGGGUGGCCGCCGGCACCGGCGGCGACGCGGCGGCCGCGGCGCUGGAGCUCGCCGGCGUGGCGUACGCCAGGGCGCCGUCCAAGCCGACCAACGCGUCCAGGGACACGGGCCGGUGCCGCCGGCCCCGCUGCGCCGGCUGCCACGCGCACCCCGCCGCCAAGGCCCGGGACAAGGCCAAGGGCGCCCACAAGCUGCGCGCCUCCGACGUCGCCCUCAACCACCGCCUCGUCUCCUGGCGCCUCGUCGACGGCGUUGGGAACGCUCCGGCUGGCACCGGCGGCGUGCCCGACUACAAGGGCGCCUCCGCCUCCGCCGUGCUCGCCUACCUCGCCGGCGGCAACAGCUGGCACGCCGAGGACGAGGACGACGACGACGAGGACCAGGACGACGGCACCGACCUUCAGGCCCCCCCAAGGGGGAUCUCCGACCUGUACGACCUCAUCGCCGGCCUCCAGGCCAGCGCGGCCCCUGCGCCGGACGGCCAAGAAGAUGGCAACAACAUAUCAGUAACACCCAGCGAUGAAAUCGAGGAGCAGGAUGCCGAAAUCACCGACGACGCCGACGCCGACGAGGAGGAGGAGGACAUGGGGUUCUGCGUGGUGCAGGGCAUCACCAUCGCGCUCGAGUUCUCCGACGGGGAGGAGGACUGGAUCGUGGUCUGAUCUCACCCGAUCUCAUUCAAUUUGCAAAUAAUAAGACGUGCAACAGAGAGAGGUCAGCCGCCCGCAUCCCCCCGCCUCUGCUGCUGCUGCGCAAUUCCCUUCCAUCCGCAUCUGCUCUCCUGUUAAUUGAUCGUGUCCCUGUGUGUAUACUGCUCUGUUCUGCUGUUAAUUGGUCGUGUCCCUGUGUAUAUAUCUGGUGACUGUCUGUCUAAUUUGUCAAAAAUUCAUGGAUUAUCAUGACCUGAAUUUAUCAAACAUGUGUGAAUAAAAUUAAUGAAGAAGUGAUUCGUUCUUCUUCACACCCUGUUUCUUUCUUUCUGAUUGAUUGAAUGGAUGGAUACAUUUUAUGAA